GCAAAACAUACCCCUCACUUCGACCGAAGCAUUUAUCUCAGCCUAUCAUCACCUUCAUGAUAUAGGGGCCAAAAUGCCGGACAAAUCCCCGUCACCGGUGGUAAUAGUCACAGGCGGAGCCGAUGGGUUUGGAGCCGCCAUUGUCGGUCGUUUCAGCCUGCAAGGCUGGAAAGUACUGCUGGUCGACAUCGAUGCAGAGAAGGGAGCUCUUAAAGCACAGGAUGAUUCAAGUGUGCUCUUCGUACAUGGCGAUGUAUCGGAUCCCCGAACCUGGUUGACCGUCAAGGAAGUUGCCCUACACGAGUGGGGCCGGAUCGAUGCUCUUAUCAACAACGCUGCUAUUGUCUCCGAUGCUGCGCCAAUUCACGAGCAAGAUAUGAAUACCUUUGACAAGAUCUUCGCCGUUAACGUGAAGCCAAUAUUCCUGAGCGCGCAAGCUAUUGCUCCAUUCAUGCUGGAACAGGGACACGGUGUCUUUAUCAAUAUCUCAAGCACCGGCUACACUCGACCGCGCGCUGGCUUCGCUAUCUACAAUGCUUCCAAAGCGGCGGUAACCACAGCAACCAAGACCCUGGCGCUGGAGUAUGCACCGACCAUUCGGUUCAACUGCAUUGCGCCCGCUGUUGGAGAGACGCAGAUGCUGUUUGCGAGCACUGGUCGGAGCGACGAUGCAGCUGAGAGACGAGCUAAGGUGGAGGAAAUGAUACCCCUGAAGAGAUUGACAAGACCUGAGGAUGUGAGCAAUGCUGCUUGGUAUCUCGCAUCCGAUCAGAGCUCUUUUGUUACAGGCACAAUCCUGGAGGUUGAUGGUGGGCGGGGGAUAUGAUGAAUUCUUGAAUGCAUUGAUUGGGCAAAGCACAUUAUCAUUAUAUAUGGCAACUGGAAAGGUGUAGACAAUUAAGUAAUGAUAAGCU